AUGGCGUCCCCAAUCCGCCGGCCAUAUCGGUCCAAGCGACAUCCGCCCUGCGAUCGAUGCCGACAAAAGAAGCUCCGCUGCGAUCCCGAUGACCAGAUCGGCUGCCGGCGAUGCCAGGCCAGCGGCACUCUCUGCUCCUUCGCUCGCCUUCACCGAGCGGUCUCUAUGCCAGUCGCCUUUACCAGUCCAACGCCUGGGAGCUCUGAGCCGAGUCUACAGCCCAUCGCGCCUGCGGCGUAUCUGCCGGAGCCGGCACGGCCGUUGAUAUUCCCCGUCGGCGAACGCUCCUCCUGCCAGCAGGCCAUUCAGACGCUGGACCUGCUCCCGGAUGUUUCAGCACAGCUGGUGGGUAGCUCGGGCGAGUCGGACCCGUUCUUACUGCGUCACUGCAAGUUCGACGACUACGGCUUCUUGCACUUCCAUCAAGUCCGUUUUCGCAAUGCCGGUGGCGUCCCACUGAAUGAGAAGAUCCCCGUUCACUAUCUCGUCACCGACGAUGCUCUCUACGAGUCGGCGGCCGCCUCAACGAAGGCUGCCAGAGGGUAUUCCACCCCGCGCCAGGAACUCGAUGUCCUGGUUCCUGUAGAUCACGGCCAGCGCCUGAUCUCCCUCUUCCUCACCCAUGUCUUUCCUAGUCUACCGGUGGUGUCUACUUUCAUCGCCUCCCAGGACCUGCAAACCAUUCCCGUCCAUCUGCUAGCCGCCUUGUAUGCAUCAGCUCUACCGUUCGCCAAAUAUGACGAGUAUCUCUCCAUUAUUUACGCUUACCAAGCGCCUCCAGCCGUCCAGCUCUGGCGGCUGACGCUCGAUCUCAUCCUCGAAGAGAUCCACCGACCCCAUCUCUCCGUCCUGCAGGCCGGUCUUUUGUAUCUUCACAAACCGUGCGAAAGUGCACAAGCAGCCGCCUUAGCCAGCACCCCGUUUAUCUGGUCAUUCGUUGGAAUGAUGGUCGGCCUUGCAAUGUCUCUAGGCUUGCAGCUGGAAUGUCGGCCGAUGGGUAUCCCUUUUUGGGAGCGCCGCCUCCGGAGACGUCUCUGGUGGGCAAUUUACAGCGAAGAUAAAUGGCAUGCAUUACUGAUGGGACGGCCGCCGUACAUAAAUGAGUACGAAUGGGACGUCACCGAUAUCGAUGAAGCGGAUUUUGAAUCUGCGCCCGCUGACCGGUUUGUGCGUAUGGUGAAGAUGGCGAGGAUUGUGGACGAGGUGCAGAGCUCUUUAUACUCCCUCCGCGCUGCUCAGCGCCUGUCCUCCAACUUUUCAGAGUCUCUACAGAUUUCACGAAUGCUUCUUCGCAAGUUACAAGAGUGGUUCUCCCUCAUUCCUUCGUCGCAGGAUGGGAACCCUGGUAGCCCAGAAUUAUCUACAUGUGUCCACUUCGCUUACCUCCUGCUCGAGGUCUUCAUCUUCCGCGCACUGCUCCGCCCCAUGGUCCCUAAUAAGCCUCCACCCCGGCUAAUAGACGAGAACGAGCAGAUUCCACUAUUUUCAGAGCUGACUGUAGACGACUACAUUGCCCAGAUCAUUGGCGAUGAAAACGUGGCGGAAGAUAUCCCAGCGACUACGGCGACAGACGACGACAAGUCCAUCCCUAUGAUCCUCAAUGCCGCAGAAACCUGCGCCGCGAAUAUGCUUCGUCUUAUAUCACGCAUUGAAUCUACGGAGAUGGGUUCUUUCUGGUACUCCUGUUCGUCUGCACUGCCCCAAUCCCUUAUGCUAGGAGCGCUAACCAUAUCUGCAGGGUGUCGCAUCGGCUUUGCGACGGUCAGCAACUUCAUGCUCCUCCUACUUAUCCAGGCGCCUAGUAAAGAGCACGCAAUUCGUUCUAAGCGCUUAGUCUAUGGCUGGCAGCAGGCUCUUCGUAGCCAGAGCCGAAACUGGAAUAUGAUGGACUUGGGCCUCGUGCGGCUGCAUGGGCCGUUGGGGUUGGGACUGGGGAACGCGUUCUGGCUUCCGGAUCAUGUGAGGGAGGUUAUUGAGUCUGUAGAGUAG